AUGUCUUCUACGUUCGAGGUGGGCCUUGGGGGAGGGGGGUCAGGGCAGGUGGCCUUGACUUCUCCCCUUCCUAUACAGACGCCGGUGACGCCGGUCGUGUCGGGGCCAGCCAACGCUGGGAGUGGGAGCCUGAGGCAGGCGGCUUCGGCUCUUCUUCCUCGGGUCCUGGCAGUGGCACCCGGGUCUCCCGUGGCACUGGGGGAGGGGGGGCUGGGGCAGGUGACCCUAGACCUCCCUUCCUCGUCUGUGGUCAGGAGGACCGCGCCUUCUGCGACUUCGACGCCUCGCUCUGAGCCAGUGGGUGGGGCAAGAGGAGGGAGUGGGCAAGUGGCCCCAGCUGUCCCGUCUCUUAUCCUACCCGCAGGGCACUUGUCCGAGGGCCUUGGGAGCCCGCAGCCGCCUCCUCUGAUCACUAGAGAGGAGGUUGUUGCCUUUGGCGGGAUCCCGGGCCCAGUCUCGACGGGGAGACGGAUGAGUGCUCGCGUUCUGGACCUUCCGGAGGUGGAUGAUAUGCAGCAGCGGUGCGCUAUGAGGGCGGCCAAGCUUCACGAUGCUGCGAUAUCUUCUGGUAUGUCCGUUAACAUAUCUAAUUCCUUAUUGCAUUUUCCUCCUGAGGAGAUUAUUAGUAAUGCAAACCAAUUAGGAGUUUCACUAGGUGUCACUGAUAAUGAAAUCUCCAAUUCGGUGAAUGAUAUGUUAGAUUUAGAGGCGGAGCGGGCCUUAGAGACUAUUCGUAAUCUUGCUGCGGUUAAACCCAUGAAUGAUGAGGAGAUCGAUGCGUUAGGGGUUCGAGUGCUAGAUAAUCUGUGUGCGGAUCUAGCACCUUCUAAUCAGGAGUCUGAGGACGAUGAUGUGCCCUUAGAUGUUGCAGUUGUUAGUUCCGUUCAACCCGGUUAUGAGGAUCGGGUGACAGAGCCCACCAAGCCAAAGCUUCCUGAUAUUAUUACUGAGGUAAGUGCCAGAUAUCUGGUCACGGGAACGAUGCGAUCUGGUGACGGAAAGGAAGAAGCGAAUGAAACUCCGAGUACAAAAGACAAGCAGCUUGAAGCACAUGAAAAUGGCAAUGUUCAAGAAAUCAACCAUGGUCCAAGCAAUGGCAAGUUAGAAAAUGGAUCACACUCGAAUGGUUCGCAUCAGGUCCCCAACGGUGCUGAACCUAAGACAGAGUACCUGUUUGAAAUCAACAAGACUCAAAUGUACCCAACUGAAGUUGACAAGGACAAACAUGUCACCGAGGCUCAACCGAAGGUCGAAGAGUACGACCUUCAGAAGAUUUUGGACCAGCAAGAAACUCAUGACCUCUUCUGUCCCAACUACAAAUCAUGCAUAACUCGGAGGGUGAUCCUGAAGAAGAGGAAAAGGACAGUAAGGCCAGCAAACCCCCAUGCACCAUCAAAGAGACCGUACACUGAAGAAGUACUAGUGCCACUGCCUUCUGCUACUUUACCUGGAAGUGAUGAGCAGGAGUCACCCGACGUGCUCAGAUGUUUGUCAUGCUUCUCCUUCUUCAUUCCGGCAGGAUGCAGUUUCAACAUAUUCCGUAUUUUUGGGAGGAGGGAUUUGGACCAAGUUGAUGUUCUGCCUCCUCCGGCAUCAGUGGACACGCCUCCUCGGUCUGAAAAUUGCACAAGUUGGCUUUUGUCUUGUUUCCAGCCAGAAGAUUGCCCAAACCAACCUCAUCCUGCUGGUUUCUUCCAGACAGACACACUGGAAAUGAUAACCGGUGAAAUGCCUCCCUCAAAGCCUGACGGUGGUGCAAAUCACCACCUACUUGGCCAUGAUGAUGUUCACAGAACUGCAACGACUGCCUCCGAGAAUGGCUUUACAACCCAUUCAGUUCACGCUUCAGGAGUGAAGGUCAAUGGCCCGAAUGUGACAAAUGUCGCGAGGGGCGACAUAUCAACUACGCCGAUUCCUCAAACAACAGAUUCACAUCAUGUAGCGGUAUCAGUCCCUGAAGAAGUGAAUCUGGUUGCUCCUAGACCACAACAGAGGGAUGACUGGGAUAUACCGAAAGCCAUAGUAUAUGGAGGCUUAGUGGAGUCGGUCACCAGCCUCUCCGUUGUUUCAGCAGCAGCAUCAAGUGGAGCAAAAACAUUGGACAUAUUCAUCCUGGGCAUAGCCAACCUUAUCGGAGGGCUUCCUGUCAUUUACCACAAUAUCGCCGAUCUGAGAGACAUCCGAGACGUGGACGAUGACAACGAGCAGGUCGGCCAGUACUGGCUGCAGCUCGGAAGGCGGUCGAAAGCCCAGCUCCACAUGGUCCUGGCCCUGCUCUCAUACAUCGUGUUCGGGCUGCUUCCACCAGUCAUCUACGGGUUGUCGUUCCGCGAGAGCAAUGACAGGGAGAACAAGAUGAUGGCCGUCGCCGGCGCUUCACUCGCGUGCAUCGCUCUGCUAGCGCUCGGAAAGGCGCAUGUACAGACAGCACCCAGGGCAUACUUCAAGACUCUCAUGUACUACCUGACCAUCGCCGUGAGCUCGUCGGGGCUGUCGUACGUCGCAGGUGUGCUGAUCACGCGGCUCUUGGAGCACUUUGGAACCAUCGAGCAAGGUGGGUUGGCUGCUCCUGCUCCUCCAGGCCUGUCGUUCGCUCAUUCAGAGGGUGCACAGACAUCUGCAUGGGCCUCAUUCUGAAGACUGAUGUCUGAACUCUGAAGUUCACGGGAACACUGGUGCAAAAAACAAACAAAAGACAUGUAUGAGUCCAAAGAGCA